AUGGAUAUACUGUUUUGUGAGACUGUUCAAGUGCCGCCGACGAAAUAUCGACCAAUUCGAAUUUUCAAAGGCGACAAAUUUGAAAAUCCACAAAGUGUUAAUCUCCGAAAAGUACUGGAGGCUUCGGAAACAAUUCGUGCAAUUCGCCUAGCACUCACCGGAAAUAACGACAAAUCACUUCUUGUAAGUUUAGUGAAACAAAAAAUACUUGUAAGUUUAGUGAAACAGAAAAUACUCGUCUUUUUUAAAAAGAAAUAUGUAUUUUUUUAG